GGCCGGGCAGUGCGUGUGGCAUCCCGAUAGAGCAGAAGAGGAGCAAGUGGCAGUGCUGGGUGGCGGGAGCGUGGCUGUCACUGUGCUGGAGCAUCCCUGAGCUUCUGAACAGAGCCGACCAGUCAGCCAGCAUUGCGCGCCGCCGCCAGCCCGCGCCGAUCUCAUCCGUCUCGUGUCUCCGCUCAGGCGAUCCUCCAAGACUUCGCACAAAGCACAUUUUUCAAAGCAGCGCAAGGGAGCGCCCAGCCGCGUGCAGGCGGACGCACCCUUCCUGUCCUUUGUUCCGGGGGGAUCUGCAACUGCUCUUCUCCCCAAGUCGGAGUCUCUUCUCCUGGGGUGGCGGGUCGCCGAGUGCAGCUACGAAAAUGCCUUUGGAACUGACUCAGAGCCGGGUGCAGAAGAUCUGGGUGCCUGUCGAUCACCGACCCUCGUUGCCCAGAACCUGUGGGCCGAAGCUGACCAACUCCCCAACGGUGAUUGUGAUGGUGGGCCUCCCAGCCCGGGGUAAGACUUACAUCUCCAAGAAGCUGACUCGCUACCUCAACUGGAUAGGUGUUCCCACGAAAGUGUUCAAUGUGGGAGAGUAUCGACGUGAGGCCGUGAAGCAGUUCAGCUCUUACAACUUCUUCCGCCCUGACAACGAGGAAGCCAUGAGAGUCCGAAAACAGUGUGCCUUAGCUGCCCUGAGAGAUGUCAAAAGUUACCUGACGAAGGAAGGAGGACAGAUUGCAGUUUUUGAUGCUACCAACACUACUAGAGAGAGGAGACACAUGAUCCUUCAUUUUGCCAAAGAAAAUGACUUCAAGGUAUUUUUCAUUGAGUCCAUAUGUGACGACCCUACUGUUGUGGCCUCCAACAUCAUGGAAGUUAAAAUCUCCAGCCCGGAUUACAAAGACUGCAACUCAGCAGAAGCCAUGGACGACUUCAUGAAGAGAAUCAAUUGCUAUGAAGCCAGUUACCAACCUCUUGACCCUGAUAAAUGUGACAGGGACUUGUCGCUCAUCAAAGUGAUUGACGUUGGCCGGAGGUUCUUGGUGAACAGAGUGCAGGACCACAUCCAGAGCCGGAUUGUGUACUACCUGAUGAACAUCCACGUGCAACCUCGUACCAUCUACCUGUGUCGGCAUGGGGAAAAUGAGCACAACCUGCAGGGCAAGAUCGGGGGCGACUCGGGCCUGUCCAGCAGAGGCAAGAAGUUCGCAAAUGCCCUGAGCAAGUUCGUGGAGGAACAGAACCUGAAGGACCUCCGCGUGUGGACAAGCCAGCUGAAAAGCACCAUCCAGACCGCGGAGGCCCUGCGACUUCCCUAUGAGCAGUGGAAGGCGCUCAAUGAGAUUGACGCUGGUGUGUGUGAGGAGCUGACCUACGAGGAGAUCAGAGACACUUAUCCUGAGGAGUACGCACUGCGUGAACAGGACAAAUACUACUACCGGUAUCCCACAGGCGAGUCUUACCAGGACCUGGUCCAGCGCCUGGAGCCUGUGAUCAUGGAAUUAGAGCGCCAAGAGAAUGUGUUGGUCAUCUGUCACCAGGCUGUCCUACGCUGCCUGCUAGCCUACUUCCUUGACAAGAGUGCAGAGGAGAUGCCGUACCUGAAAUGCCCCCUUCACACUGUCCUGAAACUGACACCUGUGGCGUAUGGGUGCCGUGUGGAGUCCAUCUACUUGAAUGUGGAAUCAGUGAGCACACACCGGGAGAGGUCGGAGGCUGUCAAAAUACAACACUUUGCCAGUGUAGUCAGACCUUCCUCUUACACCGAACUUGACUUUCUGUCUGUGGAGUCCGAAAAACAGGAUGCAAAGAAGGGACCUAACCCGCUCAUGAGACGCAAUAGUGUCACCCCACUAGCCAGCCCUGAGCCCACCAAAAAGCCUCGCAUCAACAGCUUUGAGGAGCAUGUGGCUUCCACUUCUGCUGCCCUGCCCAGCUGCCUGCCCCCGGAAGUGCCCACGCAGCUGCCUGGACAACCUUUGCUAGGGAAAGCCUGUCUACGAAGUGUCUGUCACAUUUUUUCAAAGUUUUCUCCUUACUAACCUGGGAAAGAACAUGAAGAGCCCCCGGAGUGGCACUGACUCUUCCCAGAAGCACUGAAGCUGAAACAUGGGUUCCGUUCCAUUUCUACAGCCUGCCUUGUGCCCGCUCAUCUACCUGGAAUGGGGGAGAAUGGAGGUCUGUCUGCUGGGUGAAGAGUAGCAACACCGCCUGAGAUGUUGGGGUGGCAAAGACAACUAGGAAGCUGGACAGAUCCCAUCUUCCCAUGACAAAGCUGCAGCCCUCCCCACCCUCUCUUCUCCUGGGACUUCCAGGGUGUCUGACCUCACAGACCCUACUGAAGCAUGGGGAGGACUAUAGUUCUAGAGGAGGUGAGGUCAGGCCUCUCAGUGGAUGUCACCAUGAUGUUCUGGUUUGUUUCUUUGGAUGUUGACCUGGCAUGUUGAUAGCCGAGAGACAAGACUGGCAGAGAAUCCUGAAGUUCAGAGUGAGUUAGACCCCAGAUGCUAGAGGCUCAGGGAUGUUCAAACACUCGCCUGGCUUUUAUACAUCUUGGCCUGGGAAGAGGCCUCAAAGAUAAGAGACUUGGACAAAUGCUGCACUGGGUGUGGCCAUUCUCCUGAGGCUCACUGGUCAGCUGGGCAGUGACAUGCCCUGGCUCUUCCACGUGUCCACAUGCCUUCUAGGUCUCGACUUAAGGGACACACUGGUUGCAUCAGUGUGGAAGGAAGCAUUUUGCUGAAAAAAGAACCAGGACCCCCUCUUCCCUGGGGCUCUUAGGCUUUCUGUUCUCCAGCCUGGGCCUGGAGGCACCUGAGCAAAUCCUGUGGCUGGCUGUUUGCUGUUUUGCACUUUCUUUCCUUUCCCCUCCCUCCCUCCCUCCCUUCCUCCCUCCCUCCCUCCCUCCCUCCCUCCCUCCCUCCCUCCCUCCCUCCCUCCCUCUCUCUUUUUUCCUCUCUCCUUUCUUCCCUUCCUCCCUUCUUCUCUCUUUCUCUCUCCCUCCCUCCCUCCCUCCCUCCCUCCCUCCCUCCCUCCCUCCCUCCCUCCCUUCCUCUCUCCCUUCCUUCCUUCAUUUUUCUUUUUCUUUUUGGGCAGAAGUGUGACCUGAAAGUCCCACUUCACUUCAGGAACCGAGAUGGCAGGGUGUUGGCCCUUGGAGGCUUGGAGCUGCUGAAUGGGAGGGAUCAGAGUGUCUGUGAGAUGGGGAGGCUCAGAGUCUUCAGCUUUGCUCAUGGUUUCCAAGAGGAAUGGUGGCCCAAGUAAGGCUUGUUCCUAGAGCUGUCUCCGUGUUUUGCUCUAGUGUCUGUUGUAUGCCUGAUACAACCCUGCUAGGCAUCUCAAGGAGUUCCCAAGAAUAGAAAAUUGUCCUUGUCGUCUUCAUGAUGUCUGUGAUGUUUUUGCGUGGGUUGAGAGCAGUGCUGGUGUAACUACCUAUUGUUUCUGUCUGUUUGGAAACUCAGUGGGUUUUGCCCAAAUGAGCCUUUUAUAAGGAUGCCCCACAGCUGGUGCUGAAGGUCACUUUCCUUUCCGCCUUCUGCCUGUGAGUCCUGGGGAGCCUAUCCUCCCCAGGUACAGGUCCUGGGGUGACACAAAGAUGUUCUUUGGAUGCUCUAAAGUCAUUUCAUGCAUCCACAGCUAACCACUCAAGUUCUCAGUCCAGCCCACUACCCUUUAAAUUUGUGGUCACCAGAGAGAGGACGAUAUACAUAAGACGUGAACUGUUUCCUCUCAGUGACUUGAGUUUUGACAAGUAUAUCUGCAGUGCAGACUUGUGCCCAGGUGUGCACAGGCAGGUAAUACUUUAGCCUGGGGACCUGAAGUGUUGCAUCUGGAAGGUGGACAGGAUCUCAGCUGUGUAACCCAAACUAGCCUCAAACUUCUAGCAGUCCUCCUGUCUCAGGCUCCCAAAUCCAGCAGUGGAGUCAUAAGCAUGAGCCACCGUGUCUGGUAGUGCGACUUUGCACUUGGAGCUAGUUCCUUAGGUGUCCUCUUCUGAGCACAUCUACUCUCUAGUUGCAGAACUAACUCUUACAACAUAGAGACUCUCGAGGCUGGGACAGGUAGGGGUGGUCACCCGUGACUAACGUAAGUCAGUACAUCAAGCGAAAGCUUUGUCCGGUGUGUUUUCACUUUCUGUGAAGGGGUGGAUAAGAUUGGGCUCGGGAGAUCUUGAAGGGGGUGGAACACAGCUUGAUUUGAAGCACAGUGACUGGAUGGACAGGGUGGCAAUCACACACCGAACUUCCACACUUCCACCCAAAGCAGCAAAAUAAAAUGGGGACCAAUGUUUUUUAACUUUGCAUAUUUGUUUUGGGGAUAAAUUUCUUCCAUUCCCUUCAACCAUGGGCAACACCCUUCAUUUAUGAGAAGAAAAACUGUUGGAACCACGCCAAUGAUAUUUUCAUUUGUAAUACUUGAAAUUUAUUUUUUUAUUAUUUUGAUAGCAGAUGUGCUAUUUAUUUAUUUAAUAUGUAUAAGGGAGCCUAAAAAUAGAAAGCUGCAUAGGUUGGGUUUAAUUGUUCCAUUGGUUUGGGGCCUUUCAAUGUGUGAUCCAUGACUUCUUCAUGUUCUGUGUAUUUGUCUCUCCGUGACCUGGGAAGAAGCUAUGCAAGCUUUUAAGCAGGAUACACCUUUCGGAAAUUUGUAUAUUUUGCAGUUGCUAGAAUAAUAAAAACCUGGUUGAGAUAUGCCAACAAAACUCACUUCUGGGCCUCUUGCAGGCACAAGUGUCAGUUUUCCUUCUAAGCAGCGAGUGUGUGUGUGUGUGUGUGUGUGUGUGUGUGCGCACACACACACACACACACACACAUAUGCACACGUGUAGAGGUCAAAGGAAGACCUGGCAGAAGUCGCUCUCUUCUGGCCUCCAGAGACUGAACCCGGGUGGUCGGCUUGUCAGUGCCUUUCCUUGAUGAGUCGGCCAUCCUGGCCGGCCACAAAGUGUCUUCAUGGCCACCGUACCUGUCAGCUCCUAGCAGAACCAUCGGUUAUUUUCCUUUAAACAGGACACAACAGUUUGUCAAGUUUGUACAUUUGGGAGAUAAAUAAAACGUGUUAAUUUUAAAUUAAUA